CGACGAGGGACCUUUCUAACCUCCUCCGUACCCAUUGACUCUUCAUCGUUCCCUGAUCGUGCAGAACACCGCUCCUAUACUCUCACUUCUGAAAAUUUAGCGUAUCCAGCGUUUAUGGCAUCUCGAGUGGUAUCCAGGAGCAUUCGCUCCUCUAUGCGGGCGCACUCCUCGCAGUUGAGUCACCAUGUCCAUAGGAACUACGCCAGCGCCGCUGGAGUCUCACAGUCCAGCCUCUCUCAGCAGGAGAAGGAAGCAAUCCAGCGAGAAGCCUCCCUCCCCAACUCCGACCCUGCGCCCGACUCCCAAACCGCCCGCGUGGUCAAUGAACAACUCCCAUACAUGGUGCCCACCUAUGCGCGCCCACCGCCCAUGUUCCACAAGGCGGAAGGCUGCUACCUCUGGGACAUCGAGAAUCGUCGAUACCUAGACUUCACUGCCGGGAUCGCCGUGAACGGCCUCGGACACUGCGACCCUGGCCUCGCGAAGAUCAUCUCCGAGCAAUCGCAGAUGCUGAUGCAUACCUCGAACCUCUACCAUAACCCCUGGACGGGGCUCGUCUCAAAGACCUUGGUUGAGAAAACGCUCGAGGCGGGUGGAAUGCACACGGCCUCCAAAGCCUUCAUCUGCAACAGCGGCAGCGAAGCCAACGAAGCGGCCCUCAAAUUCGCCCGAAAGGUCGGCAAGUCGCUCGACCCUGACGGCACGAAGCACAAGCACGAGAUCCUUUCCUUCACCAACUCCUUCCAUGGCCGCACCAUGGGCUCCCUCUCCGCGACACCUAACCCGAAAUACCAACGGCCCUUCGCCCCCAUGCUCCCCGGCUUCCACUACGCUACUUACAACGACCCCGCAGCCCUCGACCUCAUCACCCCGUCCACCGCCGGCGUCAUCAUCGAGCCCAUCCAGGGCGAAGGCGGUGUCUGGAUCGCCGACCCGGCCUUCCUCCGCGCUCUCCGCGCGAAAUGCACCGCCGUCGGCGCCGUGCUGAUCUACGACGAGAUCCAGAGUGGGCUGGGUCGCACGGGGAACCUGUGGGCGCACGCCGACCUACCGAUCGAGGCGCACCCAGAUAUUGUCACGACAGCGAAGGCGCUGGGGAACGGGUUCCCCGUGGGCGCGACCAUCGUGAAUGAUUUCGUGGCGGGGAAGAUCGUCAUCGGGGACCAUGGGACAACGUUUGGAGGGAAUCCGUUGGCGUGCAGAGUGGCACAUUAUUGCGUGACGCGGCUGGCGGAUGCGGGGUUGCAGCGGGAGGUGGUGAGGAAGGGGGAGGUGUUUCGAGAGCAGUUUGAGGGGUUGAAGGCGGCGUUUCCGGAGGUGGUGAAGGAGAUUCGGGGGAAGGGGUUGAUCUUGGGCCUGCAGUUGGAUCGUGACCCGACGCCGAUCGUGAAGGCGGCGAGAGAGAGGGGGUUGUUGGUCAUCACCGCCGGGACGAACACGCUGCGGUUCGUGCCGCCGCUGGUGAUUUCGGAUGAGGAGAUUAAGGAGGGAAUGGCGAUUUUGGCUGAUGCUUUCCAG